CAUCAGCCAAUAAACUGCGAGAGGAAUAGUGUCAUUCGGGAGGGGGCGUGUCCCUUUUCAUUAAAAAAAGGCUUUAAAAAGCUUGUAAAUUCGGACGAAAUCAUCAUUUAGGGUGAAAAGUGAAGGUUCAUCAAACAGCUGACUUUCUUUCAAUAUUUACGACAUUCUCGCAUCCUAGCAGUAUGGACUCCAAGACCGCAUUAAACACACCAGAGUACCUACCACCACCCUUUCCAGGGUCACCACGCUUUAACCAUGGGACUAGCCGCGGUUGCUCCAGCAUUAUCGCAGCCAUUGUGACCGCGGCGGUGAUGGCCACUGGGUUGAUCGCAGCGGCAAUCAUAUUUCGAAGCGGUGGGUACCCCGUGACAACAUGCCCAGCUGGGGGCAACCAGGUGGCCCAACCUAUGGCCUUGAGUGGAAACAAGGUCAAGAGGGCUGACUUGACGAACGGAAAGGGUGAUCAUUUGACGGAAGUCUUCGACUACGACAGACAAUCCAACACCAUUCUCAUCGACUCUCCGGCAAACAUUACCGAGAGCUCCUCCGCUGCCACCAUCGCGGUGGACCUCGACCGGUAUGUCAUGUUCAUGGGUUUCCACGAUUCCAACACCUGUGUCGGCCUCGCGAUCAAAGACGACUUCGCCCAACAAGUGCGCGACUACGUCGAGGAGGACGGCCAAAAUGUGAUCGACAUAUCCAGUAUCGCGUUCAACGUCGAGAACUACCGCCUAGUCAGCCAGAUCCCGGCCGACUACUUCAAGGCCACCACCGGCCCGGUCAUCCGCGGCCUCUGCUCCGGCCGCAGCACGUUCUGGGCGCUUCCGGUGACCGGGGAGGAGUACGGCCGUCUAAAGCGUUACGGCUGUUAUAAGGAAAAAUGGUGUUUUUGCAUAAUAGGUUUGUGCUUUUGCUUUAGCAAGGAAACAUGCAGUUAAAGGUACUAUGUCCCAUUUGCAGGCCAUAAAAAUGAAAAGGUUAUAU